GGGGACUUUUUGGCUAGAAAGAAAGCUUGGAAACCUCAAAUGGCCUCUCUGUAUGCAUUUUCCAAAGUCGACUACUAUUGUUCAUUUCUUAACGAGUCAACAAUAUUUCAAAAUUUUGGUGUAAGAGAGUGGAAUCUUUUAGAGAAAAAAAAAGGAAACUUUUUGGCUAGAAAGGAAGUGGAGCAUCUUAGUGCACUAAUUGAUUGGCGUAAGAGAGUGGGUUGUGUCAGAAACAGAAAAAAUGGUACUUUUUGGCUAGAAAGAAAGCUUGGAAACCUCAAAUGGACUAUCUACAUGCAUUUUCCAAAGUCAACUACUAUCCAAAAAUUGCUGAAGUGAACGUGAUAGAAGCCUUUCAAAGUGUUGAGCCUAAUCCGUAUCCAUCACCGCCCCCAGAAUGCUUGGAGGAUCCUCCACAUCCUGAGUCUAUGACAUUUAAAUACUUUCUUAAUCAUCUUCCGACUGAUUCUAAGAAAAUUUUUUGGGAGUUCGAUCCGAGUAGUAACCAAGUUCUACAAUUUGGACCUUAUUUCAGAAGAUUGUUUGGGGAAGUUGCAAAAUUAUUAUAUGGCCAUUUUGAAAUGGGUUUUUUUUCAGGGGAUUUACUCAACCGUUUACGUAUUCGGCGUGAGAAUCUGAUGGUUUAUCAUCCCUUUAAAGUGUUUAAGGACUGUGAGGAUAAUCUUGGGAGAACGAGGGAUUUAGUUCAUUACAGGUACAUGAUGGCUUCUGUGGUAAAGAAGUGUCUGAAACCACGUGAUAUAUCAAAAUACUUCACCCUCGGUUUCUCUGAGCUGUUUCUUCAACGUCAAGUGGUAAAGAAGUUUUACAUGUUCCAACUGUUUCAUCCUAUUAUCUACAACGAUUGGGACAAGUACAAACUCAUCCACGCACUUGUGGAUAUGCGGAUACAGGACAAAACCCAUUUCUAUAAAUCCUUCGGAUUUCAAGUUCAGAAAUAUGGGUAUUCAAAUUGGUGGAGAAAGGUUGAGAAUGAAACUCCUGAGUCAAUGCUGGGACACGUAUAUAACUUUGAAGGACGUGCUUUUAAGAAUGCCGGUGAUUUGCCAGUAUACCUUAGGCAUUUACAUUCACACUAUCAUGGAGCUAUACUGGCAAUCAACAUUGCAAAAAAGGCUGCCUUCAAUCAGGAGAAGGACAAUAUUUAUGAUCAUAACUCUGCUAUUGAAGCUGAAAUGGCUAAAUUUGAAGAUGGUGAUCCCCGUAAGGAAACAUUGAGAGCUGAGGAGCAUUUAUUUUCAAGACGUGUCAGAAACAGAGUUGAAAAGACCAAUCACGAAAGAAAGCUCAACAGAGAAAGGGUAAAGGCUGAGAAGGAAAGGAAGAAGGAGAAGAGGAGGAGUAGGAGUAGGAGAUGGAGGAGGAGGAGUAUAAGCUGGUUGAUUAUUGGCUUGCAACAGGAGUAUAAGAAACAUGAUUAUGGAACUAGAAACAAAUGUUGAAGUAGACUUUGAUUUCACUGACACGGUAUGGUAGAGCUCCCCGUUACACUGUCAAGGAUGCAAAUACUUGUGUAGAUGAAUAUUAAUUUGUCCACCUUAGCAACAUGAAUUAGAAGCUAUCUUUAUUUUGUGGUUAGUUUAUGUUUGCAGGGUUACCAUUUCUACAUUUAAACAAUUUCUGAAGCCAUAUCUAAUUGUUUAUAGAUGAGUAUUAAUUUGUCCACCUUAUUUUCCCCCAUGUUGAGUUUUGUUCCACAUUUAGGGGCAUCCUUGAUUUUAUAAAUAUAUCACCUAAGCAGGUUUAAGCUGUAUGUCUGAUGAAUCGAACCGUCAUAGUAGUCUUGAAGUUUUUGAUGUG